AUGCAACUUAAAUCCCUCCUCUUCACUACUCUCCUUGCGGGUGCGGCCUCUGCCCUCCCAACCGCCAAUCCGGACCUCUCUUCUCGUGCUCUGUGCAGCCCACAAGAACACACCGGAUUCCUCGUCCGCAUUAACUCCACCAACGGUCUAAACAACAAAGUCGUCUCCAUCUCCAACGGUGUCGUUGGUGUUGACCUCCCCAACCCUGACUCCGUUAUCUGGCCUUACACCGACGGCAAUAAGAUCUAUAUGCCCGGUCCAGGCUACAAAUAUCUCAUUCCUGGAUACCUCUACUCUACUGGCAGUGGUACCAGCUCCUGUGGAAAACAGUUGAAGUUCAGCAAGGACUUGCCAAAGAAGGGGCUCGUCCAGACGAAUGUUUUCUCUACUAGCUGUGAUAUUCAGGGAACUUUUUACUUGACAGCUGAGGGUGAUUGGAACUGGCAAGCGUGCCCAAAUACUGCAGGGAAAGGAUGGACUAUUCACCAUGGAGCCAAGAAGGCAGGGUGUAGGGAUGUUAAGUUGAAGAUGAUUUACGGACCACCUUAUUAG